CUUUUCGCCACCAAUUUUGACACACGUAGAAGUCGAAGUCAACAGAAAACAAAUAUUUUUUUAAAGAACAUCGCUUUAUCUCCUCCCCUAUCUCUCCUCUCCCUCUCCCUCUCCCUUUCCCUCUCCAUCAACUCGCACACGUACACAAACACAUUCCUACGAACGUGCAUUGCGUUGCCAUGGCAAAGUCAAAGAAAGGCAAAAAUAAAGCUAAGCAGAACGGAGAAUCAUCACAUCCCUCAGUAUCUCAAAAUGCUCCCAGUGGAUCAGCUAUGAUAAAAUCGGCAUCCAUAGAUAGUGCCCCUUCAAGUCAUGCAUCCAGUUCUUCAAUGUCAGGACCGUCUUCAUCGCUCGACGACAUGGCUUUGGAGCUGUUCGCCGCUAAGGACGCCCAUUCAGAGGUGGAGCAGCUGCGGAAACAAGUGGUGCAUUUGCAGAAGGAGAUCGAAUUUAAGGACGUUAUCAUCGCAAAGCUUGUGGCGGGCAACGAGAUACAAACGAGACCCAGCACAGCAUUGAUCCCAGGCUCCUCCGACAUUACAUCAAAGCCCGCACCUGCCGACACAGUCGUUCGUAUCAUCACCCCGAAUGAUGGAGCACUCCAUUGCAGCAUCUGUGUCGAUUACUUUUCGUCUCCAUUCACGGUUGAGUGCGGCCACACCUUUUGUUACACCUGCCUUCGUUCAUGGCUCCAGAUCCAAAAGUCGUGCCCAUCCUGCCGGACAAAACUCUUGCGACAACCGACAUUAUCGUUCAAUAUUCAGGAGCAGGUUCACUCAUCCAUCGCAAGGCUUCCCGAUCUCGAAAGGAAGCUGGCACAAGAGAAACUGGAGGCGGACGAAAAUAGCUUUAAGAAGAUUCAGAGCAAAGGGGACCUCUGGCAAGGCAUUUUCAGACCCCUCGGACUUGAAGGCUUGAACGGAACCAUUGUCGACAAUGACGAUGGAGUAAGACGAUGUGUAUCGUGUGGGUGGGAAGUCAGGAACGGAAUAUGUGUCAACUGCAGUAAUCUCUUUAGUGAUGUGGAGGACUCCGACACUAGUCAGGACAAUACUGAUCUAGACUCGGAACCAGAUGCAUAUGAUUCUCAUGACUCCUUUAUUAAUGACGAUGAAGUUGACAACGAGGACAGGAGCGAGAUCGAUCCGGACGAGAACGACCUGCAAUUUUCAGGAAACGACUCUGGUUCUGGCAGUGACAGUGGCGACCACCAAGGAGGACGUAGGCGAACACGAUCAAGAUCAGACUAUGGAAUCAAUCGGUCUCGACUUCAAAGAACGCGCGGACCAACUUUCCAUAUACUUGACGACAGCGAUGAAAGCGGUAGCUCGGAAGACAGCGGAACGCCUGAGAACAACAGCAAUUCGGACAACGAAGGCAGCGAUAACGAACAAGGAAAUGAAAAUGAGGUUCACUCUAAUACGGACGAUGUAGUGAGUCUCGAUAGCUACAAUCAAGAUUCCGACCAGGAGGAAGAGGUGAAGAGCAUCAGUCGCUCGAAUGGUCGCCGUCCGCAGGCUAGACGGGCCAUCUUGAUACCCGAUGAUACUGAUAGCGAGGAUGAUGAGGAUGAUGAUAAGAAUAACAGCAAAAGCGACAGCGACGGUAGUAGUAAAAGUGAUAGCAACGACAGUAGCAUCGGUGUCAAGCGCGCUCGACAGCAAGCAACAAUCGGAUCGUCGGCUUCUAAGGGCCGUGACCCAAAGCGUACCAUCUCACUGAGUGAUUCGGAUGAAGUGGACUCGGCUUCGGACUCAGAUUUUUUUACGGCUUCCACACGUAGAACCAAGAAGCUUCGUGGCGGCAACAUGGAGGAUCUGUUCAAAUAGCGGAUGGCUCUAAUGAAUAAAGAUUUUGGGCUCCAACAAAAAACUUGAACAGCAUAAAGCGGUGAAUGGAAUGCAACGCAAGAAAGAUGCCUGUCGAGUGUUGAGAGUGCACCGUCGCCAAUGAUGCGCAAUUUAUAUCCGGUCGCUCCCCACAUUUUAUUAUUACUCCGUGUUCUCUACCCCUCAGUCUAAUCGCCAAUUCAGCUC